UCCUCUUCCUGGGCGUGUUGUUGGGGUUCCAUCCAGGAUGAGCCUGGAGGCGCUGCGCUACCGCCGGGGUUCCCUGGAGGUCCUCAACCAGCUCCUGCUGCCCCAGCGGAGCCUCUACGAGGAGAUCGGCGGCGUCCGCCAGGGCUGGCAGGCCAUCCGCAGCAUGAAGGUCCGGGGUGCUCCCGCCAUCGCCAUUGUAGGCUGCCUUAGUCUGGCAGUGGAACUGGAUAAUAAAAGAACUACAGAAGAGAGCAUAGGCAGCCUGGAAACAUUUGUGUUAGAUUCGUUGAACUACUUAGUGAGUGCCCGACCAACUGCUGUCAACAUGGCCCAGGCAGCUCAGGAGUUGGGCCGCAUUGUCCGCCAGGAGGCCAAGCGUGAAGGGUCUACUGGUGAGAGUUUCCGAGAAAGUGUCAUCAGCUGGGCAGAAGCCAUGUUGGAGAAAGACCUCAAAGACAACAGAAGCAUAGGGGACCAUGGUGCACGCCACCUCCUUCAGCAAGUUGGGAAGGACAAAGUGAUAGUCCUCACCCAUUGCAAUACGGGCUCACUGGCCACAGCUGGCUAUGGAACUGCACUUGGUGUUAUUCGCUCCCUGCAUGCCAUGGGUCGUCUGGAGCAUGUCUACUGCACAGAGACACGGCCAUAUAAUCAGGGAGCCCGACUCACAGCUUAUGAGCUUGUAUAUGAACAGAUACCUGCCACACUCAUUGCUGACAGCAUGGUAUCUAUGGCUAUGAAGGAGAAGAAGAUAUCAGCUGUCUUCGUGGGAGCAGACAGGGUUGUUGCCAAUGGAGACACUGCCAACAAAGUGGGUACUUACCAGCUAGCUAUUGCUGCCAAGCACCAUGGGAUCCCCUUCUAUGUGGCAGCACCUAGUACUUCAUGUGACCUGAGCUUAGAACAUGGUGGUCAAAUUGUUAUUGAAGAGCGACCAAGCCAGGAACUGACAGACAUAAAUGGUGUGCGGGUUGCAGCGCCAGGCAUUGGUGUUUGGAACCCAGCUUUUGAUGUCACCCCCCAUGACUUGAUAACUGGUGGCAUUGUCACUGAAUUGGGUGUCUUUUCUCCUCCUGAACUCCAAGCAGCACUGACACGGGUAGCAAACAAAGUGUGACCAUAUUCUGCUGAGCUGUUUUUGGAUAUCUGAUCAAGAAUGUGCAUUGAGCAGCACGUUGAUGGGCCAUGUUCCUGAUCUCUGCUUUUGUAUUAGUGUUCUGUUCUUUAAUGAAUAGUCAUUAACUAAAGGAAGUUGGAAAUAA